CCUUUAAUGACGAUAUUUUUUCUCAGGAACGUUGGGGGCUCGGUGGUGUCUCGACUGAGUUUUCAAGAUCCACGGUGCAACGGAAGCGAUUACAUUUCCCCCUUGAAGUGAGUCCACAUCCGAAGUCGUGGGCUUGGACGGACAGAGCGCUGGCCCGAAAGAUACCGCUCCGUUUUCCUUGUUUUCCCCGGGCAGACCGGCGACCCGCACGGACUGAACAAGAUGAGUGACCUAAGUCGACUAACGGGAAAGAUUGAAGACGCGACUUUGAUUGAGAUACGCCCGCAUUCUCUCUAUGAUGAGGACAACAAUGGCUACCACCCCCAAGAAUUUGAGCUUGGCGACUAUCCACACUCCCAGCCUGACCCCUCAGAGCCUCCUACUCCUUUCAUCCCCCAUCCUGAUGGUCCCUGGUCAGACCGUGUUGAGCCCUGUGUGUCUCUGGUUCCUGAGGUCAAGGGUCGUCAUGGUUCCUGUGAGUCUCUUCACUCCAGCCGACCCUCGGUCCGCACUCAGUGCUCAGGGUCAGAUCACAGUGACGGUAGCGGUUCAGACCAUGGACUGACCGUUAACUGCCUGUCCACUAUGGGGAGAAAGCGGGCUCUGUUCCUGAAGUAUCGCUCCAGGGUCGACAAGAAUCAGCAGAGUAAGGACUCUGUUUUCUUCCGGGAUGGAAAGAGGAGGAUUGACUUUGUCCUGUCUUACACAGACGAUAGAGCCGGAGACAAUAAAAAACAGGAGAGGCGUAAGGAAUAUGAGGCUAACCUACAGAAGGCAGGUCUGGAAUUAGAGACGGAGGACAAGUCGGAAUCUGAAGACGGAAAGACCUACUUUGUGAAGAUCCACGCUCCGUGGGAGGUGCUGGCCACCUACGCUGAUGUCCUGAAGAUAAAGGUUCCCUUCAAGGCCAACGACAUCCCCAACAACAGAGACAUACCCAUGGACUGGCUCUUCACCCCUUUCAGGUUGCCGGACCGCAUUAUGAAUCCUGAGCCGGACUAUUUUACCUCAUCCUUCAACAAGGAAAAGAUUGACUUCUUCCUCAUCGAUGAUAAGGAGACCUUCUUUCCACCAUCUGUCCGCAACAGGAUCGUGUAUUACAUCCUGGCACGCUGUCCAUAUCAUAAGCCAGUGUUGGAAGAAAAGGACAAGAAGGGCAUCAAGCGCCUCCUGAACAACGGGACAUAUGGAGCAGCGUUUCCACUACAUGACUGUCGCUACUGGAAACCAGCCAAGGACCUCAACAGUGACAGUGAGAGAUUUCACCUGUAUAAACACUGGGCCCGGUUCCACAGUUUCUUCAAGGAGCAGCCUCUCAACCUCAUUCGGAAGUAUUAUGGAGAGAAGAUCGGUAUCUAUUUUGCCUGGCUGGGUUUCUACACGGAGAUGCUGUUUUUCGCCGCGGUGGUGGGAGUGAUCUGUUUCCUCUACGGGUUAUUCACCUUCGAUGACAAUGAGUGGAGUAAAGACAUCUGUGGUGAGAUUGGAGGCAGCAUUGUCAUGUGUCCCCUGUGCGAUAAGAAAUGUGGCUACUGGAAACUGAACUCGACGUGUAAUUCAUCCUGGCAAUCUCAUAUGUUUGAUAACGUAGGGACUGUUUUCUUUGCCAUAUUCAUGGGCAUUUGGGUGACACUCUUCCUGGAGUUCUGGAAGCGUCGGCAGGCCCGUCUGGAGUAUGAGUGGGACCUGGUGGACUUUGAGGAGGAGCAGCAGCAGCUCCAGCGAAGGCCGGAGUACGAAACCAAGUGCACCGCCCGACGCCUGAACACCGUCACGCAGGAGAUGGAGCCUUACUUACCCGUAACAUCCAAGUGUGCUCGUACAUUCCUGUCUGGAGCCACCGUGCUGUUCUGGAUCGCCCUGAUCAUCGCGUGUAUCAUCGGGGUGAUAGCGUAUCGACUGGCGGUGUACGCGGCGUUCGCUAGCAUCAUAAAGGACAGCCCCACCAAAAAGAUCGAGCUGGUGGGUUCCCUCAUCACCCCACAGCUAGCCACCUCUGUCACGGCGUCCUGCAUCAACUUCAUCAUCAUCAUGAUCCUGAACCUGAUGUAUGAGAGGGUGGCGAUCUGGAUCACAGACAUGGAGAUCCCCAAGACCCACCUGGAGUAUGAGAACAAGUUGACGGUGAAGAUGUUCCUCUUCCAGUUCGUCAACUACUACUCCUCUUGCUUCUACGUGGCCUUCUUCAAGGGGAAGUUCGUCGGCUAUCCUGGGGAUUACAUCUACAUGUUCGGCAAGCUGAGGAACGAGGAGUGUGACCCCGGCGGCUGUCUCAUUGAGCUGACCACUCAGCUGGUCAUUGUGAUGGUGGGGAAGCAGGUGUGGGGCAACAUCCAGGAAGCGCUGGUCCCGUGGCUGAUGAACUGGUGGGGGAGCCGUAAAGCCCGGAACCACCCAGAGAGUCUGUACAGCCGCUGGGAGCAGGACCAUGACCUCCAGAACUUUGGUCAUCUGGGACUGUUCUAUGAGUACCUGGAGAUGGUGAUUCAGUUUGGCUUCAUCACUCUCUUCGUGGCCUCCUUCCCCCUUGCCCCCCUGUUGGCACUGAUGAACAACAUCAUAGAGGUCAGAGUUGACGCGUGGAAGUUCACAACCCAGUUCCGGCGGCCGGUGGCGGCCAAGGCCCACAGUAUCGGAGCCUGGCAAGAAAUACUCAAUGGAGUGGCCGUCCUCUCGGUGGUCACCAAUGCGUUCAUAGUGUCCUUCACAUCGGACAUGAUUCCUCGGCUGGCCCACCUGUAUGUGUACAGUGGUAACCAGACAAUGAAUAACUACAUCAACCAAAGCCUGUCGGUGUUCAACAUCUCCCACUUCCAAGAAUGGAACAAACCGGACCCAGAUGAGAACCCGAACUGGUUUGACAGCUCAGUCAUCACCACCUGCAGGUACCGUGACUACCGCAACCCCCCCGGUGUUGACCAGUACAAACACACCAUGCGGUUCUGGCACAUCCUGGCUGCCAAGCUGGCCUUCAUCAUCAUCAUGGAGCAUGUGGUGUUCUUGGUGAAGUUCUUUGUGGCGUGGAUAAUUCCUGACGUUCCGUCGGAAGUGAAGGCAAGGAUCAAACGGGAACGCUACCUCGUCCAGGAGUACCUACAUAACUAUGAGGUGGAGAAGCUCAAGAUCCAGUUGAGCCGCAGGGAGGACGACUGCCUCUGCACCCCGAUGAUCUACCCCGACAUAUCUCGCCACGAAGUCCUGUCAGAGUGCCUCUAGCACCCGUCCUCGCCUUCGGCCCGCUUGUUCGCUUUCGGAUCUUGUUCAUUAGGGCACACCGCAAAAAACGUUUUAAGAUGUCUUUCAACCGGAAAUUUGAAUUAGUGUUUCACAUUGGACGAGUCCAGAUAGCGUGGACUCCCGUUCAAGUCCCUUUUAUUCCAUUUGGUUCCUAAUGAACUGGACCUUGUUUCAGACUGGGCUGGGGCCUGGGCUGGUUUUAAGGAGAUCCUCUGGGAUCCAGCCUGUUCCUGAGCGCUGGGUGAUGGGCCUGAGCAAUGGCUGUUUUCUAAUAUACAUAAAUUGCUCUCUGCUGCAGAGAGAAACCCUCACAAAAAUAGAGGUGUGAGUAACGCCUUAUGAAAGGCCCUAUAUAAAUCUGUUGUCAUCUUGAAAUACGAGAAGAUCCUACACUGAGUGUGACUUGCAAACACCUGUGCCAUAUUUAUCCAUUUAUGCCUGUGAACUUCCAUCUUCAAUCAACAUUAUUGUACUUCUGUCACACACUACAGUGAUAUUUGUUGAUUUAUUCUGCGUCCCAUUGACUGAAGCCAGAGGGACCGGCUUACCUUCCCAGUGACACUUGACAAAAAGACAUCACGGGCAAACAGAACCUAACAAUCUACAUACAUUUAACCGAAAACAUCUUGCGUGUUGACAUUGUAGAUUUAAAUAGAUCUAUACUCUGGGAAACACAACUACUCGCAUGCGUAGCUGUGGUUUCAUUUUCACAUCACUUUGUCCAACUCCCUUAAUGUCUGUAGUACUAUCCGUCCGCUCUCUCGGAAUGUUCCGUCUCUUUUUUAGUAAAUCGUAGCCGAAUAAGUGAUUUCCAAUCUCAAUGCUAUACAGACACAGUGUUAAUGUGAGGCAGCUCUACCAAGCUCCAAGCCUGUCGCACACAACACUGUGUUGAUAUGUUAUCAGUGCCACUAUAACAACCAAAGACAAAAUGCCUUAAAAGAAAUCACUGUUAAAUAUAUAAUGAGGCUGCAGUUUAUUUUUUUAUUUUUUUUUAUAUAUUUGGUUGUUUGUUAAAUACUUCUUGAAAAUACUUAAAAUCAACCAGUAUGUAAUUUCCACAAGCUGAUUUUUCGAAGCGAGAGGUGACUCCCUUGAGGUCUAUGAAGAACUGUUAUAGCUAAGUUGCUAAUAAACGAUCAUACGAAGUUCCAUUGGAACAAUGUCAGAUGUAAUUUCCUGUACCUGCACGCUUGUUUGUCGACCGAAGUAAAUAGAUAAAUGCUUUUGUUAAUUUGCCAACUUAGACAGCACCCAAAGACAGCUAUUAGACAAUAUGUGAAAGAGUAUUUCACCUUUUGUAGCACACAAUAGAAGACUUCAGACUUCAAAUAAGAAGGCAUAAUAUGGAGUCUAUACCUUAUGGACUCAAGUCAAAAGAAGUCGUUGACUCUAGUGUGAAUUGGGCUGGCCCUAGUACCUUUCACUGAAGGAUGAAGUAGAUGUCAAUGCAAGAUGUGAUUUCUUUGGACAUUUCUUGACAGUACAAAACCGCCUGGUUCAGGGUUCUGUUGGGUUUUGAGUGUUUUAUCGCAGGAGGUUGCCUGACCUUUGUACUGUUUCCAUGUCGCUUUCACCCUCUCAAAGGCCAGUGCUGCAUAAUCAUUUUAGAAGUCAGGAUUUAUGCAGUAGAGAAGAGGUUAUGGAAGACAGUGGAUGGAGUAAAAAAUAGAGGGAAGACGAGAAAGGAGAAAGGAGAGAGGAGAGAGGAAGAUGGAG